CAAUUCAGGACGGUAGAAGAAGCAUCUUCUGCCUUCUGGGACAUUUUUUUUUGAAUUUUUUUAGAGAAAUUAUUCUGAUUGCUAAAAGGGGAAGUGUUGUUUAUAUAGGAUAAAAAAAAAAAAGAAAAAAAAGAAAAAAAAAAAACAGAGAGAGAGAUGGGCAGGGUGAUGUUUAUGCUAUUGCUGUGCAUAUCUGCCACAGUGGUGGUUCAUGGCGAAGAUCCUUACCUGUUCUUCACCUGGAACGUCACCUAUGGCACCAUCUCUCCCCUGGGUGUUCCCCAACAAGGAAUCCUCAUUAACGGCCAAUUUCCUGGUCCCAACAUCAAUUCCACCACCAACAAUAACAUUGUCAUCAAUGUUUUCAAUAAUCUCAACGAGCCUUUCCUUUUGACAUGGAGCGGAAUUCAGCACAGGAAGAACUCCUGGCAAGAUGGAACUGCCGGUACCAACUGUCCCAUUGCCCCUGGUACCAAUUUUACCUAUCACUUCCAGGUAAAGGAUCAGAUUGGUAGCUACAUCUAUUACCCCACCACCGAAAUGCACAAGGCAGCUGGUGGUUUCGGUGGCCUGAGGGUGAACAGCCGUCUGCUCAUCCCUGUUCCCUAUGCGGACCCUGCUGAUGACUACACUGUUCUCAUUGGAGACUGGUACACCAAGAGCCAUUCCACAUUGAGGAAGAUCUUGGACAGCGGCCGCUCCAUUGGCAGGCCUAAUGGUGUCCUCAUCAAUGGCAAGGGCGCUGCCAAGGGUCAUGGAAAAAACAAGCCUCUAUUCACCAUGCAGCCUGGAAAGACUUACAAGUACAGGAUCUGCAAUGUUGGGCUGAAGACGUCGAUUAAUUUCAGGAUCCAGAACCACAACAUGAAGCUUGUGGAAAUGGAAGGCUCACACACCGUGCAGAACACAUAUGAGUCUCUUGAUGUGCAUGUUGGACAGUGUUACGCGGUCCUCGUAACAGCUAACCAAGCACCAAAAGACUACUACAUUGUGGCCUCCACCAGGUUCCUCAGGAAGGAGAUCACCACCACCGGAAUCAUCCGCUACACCAAUGGCAAGGGUGCAGCCUCACCAGUGCUUCCUCCUGCACCGGUUGGCUGGGCAUGGUCCCUCAACCAAUUCCGCACAUUCCGCUGGAACCUCACCGCCAGCGCUGCCAGACCUAACCCCCAGGGGUCCUACCAUUAUGGUGCAAUUAACAUCACCCGCACCAUUAAGCUCGCCAACACAGCCACCAAGGUCAAUGGAAAGCUUCGGUAUGCCUUGAACGGUGUCUCCCACGUGGACUCACCCACCCCACUCAAGCUUGCCGAGUACUACAACGUCGCCGACAAGGUUUUCAAGUACGAUGCCAUCAGAGAUGAACCACCCAAAAAGGACUCAGUGGACGUCACCGUCAAACCCAUUGUCCUCAACAUGACAUUCCGGAACUUUGUGGAGAUCAUCUUCGAGAACCACGAAACGGCCAUUCAGUCCUGGCACUUAGACGGUUACUCAUUCUUUGCAGUUGCCUCGGAAGUAGGGAAAUGGACCCCGAAAAAGAGAAGGAACUACAAUCUGCUCGACGCCGUGAGCAGGCACACCGUUCAGGUGUUCCCCAAAUCCUGGUCCGCCAUCCUGUUGACAUUCGACAACGCCGGGAUGUGGAACAUCAGGUCGGAGAACUGGGAGAGGCACUACCUGGGGCAGCAGCUCUAUGCUAGUGUUUUGUCACCUGCAAGGUCCCUCAGGGACGAAUACAACAUCCCCGACAACGUUCAGCUCUGCGGCGCCGUCCAGAACUUGCCCAAGCCUCCACCAUACACAAUCUAAAUUAAUUAAAGGGGAGGUUGCAGCAAGGAUCAACGCUUCCUGAUAGCAAUAAAUACUUCUCUCAUCUUUUAUUGGAUUAAUUUGCCCAAAAAAAAAAAAAUUUCUGUCCUAUUUCUACCUCCUCUAUUGUAAAUCAUUUUAAAUAAUAUUAACACUUCACA